AGAACAGAAAGUAAGGUUUGUAGUAAAUACGCUUUAUUUUGCUUUUGCUUUCCCCUCUUUUCCAGCUGUGUAGGUGUGAGAGCGGAAGAGCAUUCGAGGGAGAUUUCAUAUUGUGGAAAUAUGUAUCGAGUGCCGAGUGUUUGUGUUUGAAUUUGGAUCUAUUGGUGAAAACAGAGGGAGAUGUUACUGGAUGAGCCUACUUGGGGUCAUUUGUUGCAGUCCCGGUGAUGGCGUCUGAAACGGCGUUGUGGCCCACCGAUGGAGAAGCCGUUGCUUCAGUAGCCACUCCCGUAGCAGUAGCAGGGCCUGAUAAAAGAGGUAAGCAUCGGAUUCUUGCGGAAGUGAAGCGUCUCGAGCAAGAUACCCUAUAUCUCGAGGAAGAACUGGAAGUGCUUGAAAAAACCGAAAAUGUGUCAACCAUAUGCAAGGAGUUGCUCCAGAACGUGGAAAGUAGGUCAGAUCCACUACUCCCAGAAAUUCAUGGACCUGUGAACCUUUUGUGGGAUAGAUGGUUUGAAGGGCCUCAGGAUCCCCAAUCAUGUAGAUGUUGGAUACUUUGACAGGAAGCAGCCCAUCAUUUGACUCGUGUGGCAGUAGGAUGCGUCAUCUGACUGCGUAACAUAGACACUGUGGCUUGGUGCUCCAUGACAUGUAAUGCCAUGUGAAAAAAAAAAAAAAAUCUUUAAUGGACUCUUUAUUUAUUACAGGAGAUGCUGCUUCAAAUACUGGUUUUGUAAAUCACAUUCAUUAACUGAAAUCAAAUGAUUAGAAGUAUCACUCUGUGCU